GAAGAAAAAAAGAACCAUUGUUCCACGGCCGAGGGUCGCAUCGGAUCAUUACCGCCAACAUCAUCGUCAAUGCAGGUCGGCGGCGCAUUCCCAUUGGCAAUCCCCCCUCCCGCUAACAAUUCCUAUCUCAUUCAGGCUUUUCUUCUCUUGCCUGUUCUGCCUUUUGCCCGGCUGCCAAAACCGCACCCUUCGCUUCCGACCUGUUCCUUAUUCCUCACUUCGAGUCGUCACAGACCAAGUUGCUACACUAGUAUGGAAUCGGUCCCUGCAACUCCUCCCAUGUCCUCGCCUGCAUAUCGUACCUUUUUUUUCCCCCUUUCCCCUGCCUCCCCACUCUGGCGCUUCUCAUCAUCUCGUUGUCCAAGCCCGGUUCCCGCGUAUGCGUUUCUCUACCUCUCUCAGUAUGCAUGCCACGAGCGUGACGCUACGGCGGAUGAAUUCGAGAAGUGAGGGGAUCGCUUGAGGCUAUCACGGACCAGACAGAGGCACAGGUGCAUCGGGCUGCCGGCAGCCAUCUGCUCAGCAAGCAGAGCGCAGUGACCUU